GGUUGACUGGAGAUCCGGACGGCAUGUGAUGACCUUCAGUGUUUCGGUGCGAACCUACGUCCAUGGGCUAAACACACUUACCACCGACCCACUACUAAUACAGUCGCCUCUCGAUUAACAUGAGUUUAAAUAAAGCGUUUUUGACUUAACACAAGUUGAUAUUCAACCCUUUCUUUGCUAAACGCUCGCAGCGAGUGUUAGGCGUAUUUGCUGGUGGUGCUAAACGCUCCCUGCGAGCUCCACCCGCACUCAAAUCUCCCGUGUAUGAGUGUGUUCCAACACUAAUUCUCACAACACAGGAUUGACAAUUGAGUGUGUUCUUCACUAAAUUUGGUGGAAAAUCAUGUCAGCCCAGCGCGGAAAAUCUAUGGACGAGCAACUGGUGGAUGUUGUUGUCCAAUAUAACGACAUUUUUGCAUAGGUUCACAUGACUGAUAUUUUGACCAAAUAGUUGUAAAUAUUGCAGUUGUCAAUACUGCCCUACCAGCACCCCAUCAUCAAGAGAUCUACAGUAGUUGCCUUGCGGCUGACCGUCGCGCAUGUAUAAAUGUACGUCUUCACAGGCAACACCCCCUCAACGUGCCUGUACUUUCGCAGGAGAGGUUUACAUUACUGAAUCCUAUAGAUCUUGGCCUCCUCUUUCCAAUGGUGUUUUUGUUUUGUAGCUGUGAUGAAUAGCAGGGUUGCCAGAUGGCCGAUUUUCCGGCCAAAUUAGUUAAAUUUGACCGUGAACAGUGUUGUUUGGCCGUAGAGAUCGGGGAUUUUUACGGCCAAAUUAUUUGGCCGAUUUUUGGUCGUUGUUUGGCUGAAAUGCAGAAAAAUAGCUGCUAAAAAAUUUGUAUCUUCCUCGACGUUGGGAUGUUGACAGGCCUCCUGUCCGUCGCCAUGGUAACCAUACAGAAACCAAACCUGUACGGGUAGUCGGGUACCGCGGUACAUGAAAGAGACACGUCACACACUUCCUUUAGUCUCCCUUCCCCGCUUCCGCCGUUCGAGUGUCGUGAUAAGCAAGUGAUUUUUUUUUUCUUUUGUAGACACAUACCUUAUUUGGAACGUCAACCAUGGCCUCUGUGAAAUCGUCGUGGAAAGAACGUUAUGACAGUGGGAGAAAGUAUAAUCCUUCAUGGGAAGAAAAGUUUGUAUGGGUUACGAGGACAAGUGAUGGGAGUGAGAAUGCAUUCUGCAAACUUUGUAAAACUACCCUUGCUCCCAGGGCCAGUCGUUUGGCAGAGCACGAAAAAAGCAAAGGACAUGCAAGUAGAGUGAAAGCUGCGUCAGGUAGCAGGGGUCUGCGAGAAAUGUUCUCUCCACAAGAGCGAAAAGAAGAGAAGAAGCGAGUUGAACUAGAAUUAGCUGUGGCUAUUUUUUGCCAUUGCAGUAUGGCAAAUGUUGACCAUAUUGGUGAGAUAAUCAGAAGAAAUGGAAGAGGAAGUGAACUACAAAAUAUUCAGCUCCAUCGUACCAAGUGUACUAAGCUUAUUUCUAGAGUUGUCUCUCCCGCCUUGCUGGAUGAGUUGAAAGAGGAUGUGAAGGGUAAGAAAUUCUCUGUCCUUGUUGAUGAGGCAACAGAUUUGGCAGUAAACAAGCAUGUAUGUGUUGUAAUUAGAUAUUUCAGUGAGUCAAGAUGCAAAAUUGCCACAGAGUUUGUAGGGUUGGUGCCAGUUGUUGGUGCUACAGGCAAUGAUAUAUUCUUAGCACUGAACACUCUGCUUGAAAAGAUCGGAUUAACGCUGUCUGACUGUGUUGGAUUUGCAAGUGAUGGCGCGUCUUCAAUGACAGGAGAACACAACUCUGUGUGGUCCAGAGUGAGACAGCAGUCACCAUAUUGUCAGCUAAAUAAGUGUGUCUGCCACUCACUAUCCCUUUGCGUGGAAAAGGCAUUUGAUAAGCUUCCAUCUAGUCUUGGAUAUCUUCUGCAUGAAAUCCCUAAGUGGUUUAGCAAGAGCAUAAUCCGCAGAGAGAAGUACAAGGAACUUUUCCUUGUUAUGGAUCCCAAUGAAUAGAGAAAGGGAACUCCUCUUCCUUUUCAAAAGCUUUCAAAUACACGUUGGCUUGUAAGAGGAAAGGUUCUCUACAAUCUUUUAGUAAACUGGGAAGAGCUGCAAGCUUAUUUUGCUGUUGCAUUGCCUGUAGCAGAUGCCUCUUGUCGCUAUAAGGCACGAGAAAUCUUGAACAUGCUCAAAGACCCUCUUAAUAAGCUCUACUUUCACUUUGUCACACCAGUUGUCUCAGAAUUCGAGAGGGUUAAUGCACACUUCCAAACAACUGAUGGUGACCCACAAGAACUGCUCAGAGAAUUGGUUCUACAUCACAAGAGCUUGCAAGACAGAGUUGUCGACAGAAUGGGUAAAGCACUACCACAACACAAGGUGGACUAUGGUGCUAAAUUCACACAGGAGUUGGAUGCCUUCUUAAGCAGUCAGAAAUAUUCUGCUGAAGCUGUUCGUAAGGUAAAUGAACUCAAAGAAAGAUGCUCAAAUCUUUUGCUAGAAGCUUUGACUCAGGUCGAGAAAAGACUACCAGUGGCCAAAGAUAUCUUCAGAGAAUUAAGUGCAUUCACUCCAAAGAAGGUAUUGAGCCAGGUAGAACGUGUAUCAUUCACAAACCUACCCCUACCUCACCUGCGUAGCUGCAAUGAAGAUAUCAUUGAAGAGCAAUAUAGAAAAAUACUACACGUAGCAUGGACUGAAGAGUCAAUUUUUGAUGGUGAAAUUCCUUUAGAUUCUGUAUCUUUUUGGUCAAGAGUACAGCAGUACAAGACGUCAUCAGGGAAGUACGUCUUCAAAGAAUUAUCCAAUUAUGUCCUGGCUUGCCUAACAACCCCAGUCAGCAACGCAGUGGUUGAAAGAAUAUUUUCAACGGUGACUAACGUAAAAACAAAAUCAAGAAAUCGCCUUCAUACUGACAUGUUGGAUUCCAUCAUACGAAUUCGCUCGCACCUUCAGUUCCAAAAUAAAUGCUGUAAGGACUUCAAGGUUACAGCUCGCAUGCUGCAACUAUUCAACGCUGCGAACAUGUAUGCCACUCCAAACCAAGAGGAAGAAAUAGAGGAUAUACUGGAAUACUUCAACUAACAACGUCAGUGCCUUACAAAUGGAAACUGAAAAAAAUUGGCCGAUUUGGCCGUGACUUUGGGUGAGAUUUGGCCGUCAACUGCUGUCGGACAUCUGGCAACCCUGAUGAAUAGUUUUUGAGAUACAGAGGUUAAAAGAGAUCCCCUUCCCCCGCUGGGGUGCCCGAGCGCGCCUGAGGGGAUAGUCUCACUGUGAGCACUUAGCAAUGAAAGGGUUAAGAAGAUACGUUUGACUAACGCAAUAUGUUCAAUUUAACUGUCUUUCUCCUCAGUCUGAAGCUAGCCAGCACUGUGAGUGGAACAUUUCUCUGGAAUACACACACUGCAUUUUGACCCCUACUAUGGCACCCAAGCGUACUUCCACCUCGUCCAGUGACAUAAGAACAUAGGAGUCUGCAAGAGGCCGGUAAGCCUGCACGAGGCAGCUCCUCUGAACCUUGGCUCCCGUGUGUCUAACCCUACCUAAUAUCGCUGUCCAUGACGCAUCAACAAAGUGAUGGUGGUGAGUGUUUUUGUUGUGUCAGUGACUUACAAAUGUAAUGUAGCAAUUCUUUCUUUAGAAAACUUUAACUUAACCCGGUGGUGGCAGGGAUCAUGUUUCUUAAUGGUCCCUCCAAGCAAGAAAAAUGAGAAAAAAUCACCCCCCACACAAACCAUUUCAUAUUAUAUAUCAAAGCAUUUGUGAUCAGUUUAUGUGUUACUUUCCUCUCUGUCAAAGGCUGUAAAAUAAGGCAAAAAGUAAGCAGAAAAAUAUAUAUCUACCCUUGCAGGUGAAAAUAUAGCCUGUUAGCUUUUGAGACCAAACCAUGUAGUGAGCCUCCUCCUCCCUCCCUGCUGGCUAGGCUUCCUUUUAAUAUGUAUUUCCACACAUGAUGCGGCCAAUAUUAGGAGUCUUUUUCCCACCAAUAUUUACUGUAUAAUUAUGACUUGACUCCUGCAUUAGCACCGGUGAG